UGCACUUUGAGGUCAGUGGCUGCUUUUGAAAGCUCUGACAUUUACAUGAAAGUCAAAUCGAACAAGAGUUGGAACGGAAUAAAAACAGAAUAAAACUUGUCUAAAAUAAAGUUAUCCGGCACAGAAUUCUCAAGAAUCACUACAACUAGCCUUUCUUUGACGUAUCUCGUAUAAUUAUUGCUCAAAAUGUCCGACAAUUUGCCAGAUGGAUGGGUAAUGAAAACGUCAAAAUCUACCGGAAAAAAUUACUAUUUUAAUCUUCAAACGAAGGAGAGUCAAUGGGAUAAGCCUGAUGGCGGGGCUGAGGAAAGCAAAGUUAGAGCAUCGCAUCUUUUAGUGAAACAUAACGAAUCUAGAAGGCCCUCAUCUUGGCGACAAGACAACAUAACAAGAUCUAAAGAUGAAGCAUUAGAAAUAUUGAAAGGUGAAGUCUGGUAUAUGAAAUGGUUUUUGCAAGAGACAUUGGAAUACUACUAUAAAAAGUUCUAAUAAACCUAAUUGAUAGCCAUUGAAAUGCAUUGUUUGAGUCCAUACAUUGUUGCAAUUAUUGUGCCAAAAAUUGUUCUUUAUAUGUUUUUCAAUGUAAUUAAGCUGCAUUUUGCCCCAAUGGCAAUGUGUCCCCAAUUAACCCUAUUUUUUGUUUUCUUUCAAAUGCCAGACAAUUUUACUUGUCAAGGGGAGAGUGCUGGCCCAGACUGGAACGUAAAGAGUGUACGCCGGAUUUGUUCGGUGUACAAACACAAACUUUGGCGUACAUAAUGGCGUACAUUUGUUUACACUAGUAGACUAGUAAUUGUUCAAUUUCACCAAAUAUGGACCAAAUAGGUUUAUACUAAAAAGGUGUAUUUGGAACUUUUGCGCAUUUAUAUUUCCAAAAUUGGCGUACAGUUACAUGUGCCUGAAUCGACGUUCGGCAUGCAAAAAGUUAACUUUCCAGACUGGGUGCUGGCAGUCAAUGGGUUAAAUCAGUUCUGUACAAUUUUUGCAAUUUUUUUUGUGAGUGCAGUACACUAGUCUGCGAACCCAGACAUUUUCCAAUAAUUCCCAUGCUCAUUCUUUGAUUUAGGUGAAAAUCAUGCAAGUUGGCACAUCUGAUUAAUAGGUUGACAUUCCCAAAUACCGACCUCUUUUUCAUUUUUCUGACAAAAAAUUAUUUGUCAUUAUUAAGGUUACAUAAAACAAAUCCAGUCGCAUGACAAAACAUUUGCAGAGCUCGCAGAGACUGAAAGUGAUUGUAGCAGUGCCAAAAGAGGAGGGGAUUUGGGAUGGUUUGGUCACGGCCAGAUGCAAAGUAAGUGUAAAUGAAAUGCAACUUGCUCAAAACGUCAAUUAGUUUCACUUGUAUUUUGAAUCCAUCCAAUAUGAAAUUUAGAGUAGUAAGCUCAUAAGUGAUGAUUACAUUUCUUACCGAAAUACUUGUUCUUUCAUUAUAGAACCGUUUGAAGAUGCAACGUAAGUAAUUAUUAUAAUUAGCUCGCCAGUGCAUACGAUUCAUCAUGAAUGAUUUCACAAUUGAAUUUUUCCUGUGUUGGUGUUGUGUACUCAGGUGAAUAAUAUGUUUGCGAUGUUACUCUGAGUGCAUAUCCACACCGGGCGAGCUUGAAAAAUGUGCCCGGCCACGGUGGGAUUCUAACCUACGACCUUUGGAAUAGUAGCCCAAAAAAAAAAUUCAUAGUGGCCGGGCAUAUUUUUCAAGCUCGCCCGGUGUGGAUAUGCACUCAGAGUAACAUCGCAAACAUAUUAAUUAUUCACCUGAGUACACAACACCAACACAGAAAAUUCAUAUUACUAGAACACAUUGGUAUUGAAGGAACUACAUACUGUUCCGAAAUAUCACUUACACGAACCGUCCUGACAGCGUAGCUCAGUUGGAAGAGCAUUGGGCUAGUAUUCCAAAGGUCGUAGGUUAGAAUCCCACCGUGGCCGGGCAUAUUUUUCAAGCUUGCCCGGUGUGGAUAUGCACUCAGAGUAACAUCGCAAACAUAGAUUUCACAAUUAUUAUUAAUAGUUUUUACUUUAUCUUUUUGUCUUUAGGUAUGCAUUGGAAGUUGGUGAGAUGAGUGGUCCAGUCUACAGUGAUAGCGGGAUUCAUAUUAUUCUCAGGACUGGUUGAAUAACUAUGGCAUUUUGUACAAUAAUAUACAUUGUUUUGACAAUAUGCCUGCAUCCAAUUAGGAAGCACAGGUUACUUACCGAAUAUUUGCAGUCCAAACCAAUUCAAUUGUAAUCACUAGCAAAAUAUUUCAUUUGUUCUAAUCUGUUGUACCAUAUUCAAUUAUUCUAUAUAAGACUAUUAUUUUUGUUCGGUUUGCAAACCAGCAAACUUUUCUGACCACUUUACAGACUAAUCUUCAAUCAUGAAAUUACCAACUCUAAAAUAUGAUUUUAUGAACAAAACCUUUUUCUAACGAGGGCUGCAUGGAGAAAUUGAGGACCCGGGGGAAAUUGAAUAUUUGCAAACCUACAGUACUGAUUUCUAUGGCCAAAGAUUAUUGAAAUUAUGUGCUCUUUUAGAGAUUGAUUUCCAUAUUCUUGAACUUUUAUGGCAAUUAGCAAG